GGACUGUUCAAUCAGUUUUCUCGCAUACUUUGAGCUUUUCCCAUUUAAAAUGAACGGAAUCAUAUUUUUGAGCCUGGCCAUGUGCUGUGCUGCUUUGGCUUCGCCCGAGCCCGCUGUCGGGUCCCCAAAGACAUUGACCGGUGAUGCCAGGCAGGUGGCCAUUGCGCUGUUAGAGACAACUCUAGCCCAAUUGGACACUGGAGAUGGUCCCAGUUACAAGUCCAUUUCCGUGGGAUUAGUGACGCGACAGAUUGUGUCUGGGGAUCUCUUUACCUACAAUGAUGUGGAACUGGACACCGGAACGAAAAAGAAGACUUGCACUAUCAAGGUCUGGACCCAACCGUGGGUUGAGGAGAACAGCACAAACGUCGAGAUCCAUUGCCAAUUCGGGGAUGGCAAUGGAUUUUUUUAA